CACUAACACAAACACACAUUCACAUCUGCGCAGAGAUCCGAAUUCUUUUUAUGGCAGUAUUGGUAUCGUACAAGUGGUUCAAUCAGCAACGCAGAGUGGUUCCUUUUUCUGUUCGCAGUACGUUCGUGCCCGCAGCUUUUCGCACAACUCCAGCUCGUGUGAGCCAUAUAAAUCAGACUUGAAGAUAAGUGAAAACAACUACCACGGUCAAGAUGUUCUCCGCCCUGCUGGACGCCGCUCGUAACUCUCCCUUCAAGACCCCCUUUAUGAAGGCACAGUGUGAUGCUGACAACAACAACAAAGCCCUAGUCCCAUCUGGAAACCGAACAAUCCAGGCUGCCGCCACCAAGGAGGUCGAAUUUGGUUCCAAUGAAUUCUACGCGUUGUGUGCCGUCGGUGGUAUUCUGUCCUGUGGAAUCACGCAUACCGCGGUGGUACCGCUGGAUUUAGUAAAAUGCCGUCUCCAGGUUGAUGCCGCCAAGUACAAGAACUUGUUCCAUGGCUUCAAGGUCACCAUCGCGGAGGAGGGCGCCAGAGGACUCGCCAAGGGUUGGGCUCCAACCUUCUUCGGCUAUUCGGCACAGGGUGCGUUCAAGUUUGGUCUGUAUGAGGUGUUCAAGAUCCAGUACGCCAACAUGAUUGGCGAGGAGAAUGCGUACCUGUACCGCACAUGGGUGUACCUGGCGGCGUCCGCUUCGGCCGAAUUCUUCGCCGAUAUUGCGCUGUCCCCGCUGGAAGCAGCCAAGGUCAAAAUCCAGACUACCCCAGGGUACGCCAACACGCUGCGUCAAGCUGUGCCGAAGAUGAUGGGCGAAGAGGGCAUCUCUGGAUUCUACAAGGGCCUGGUGCCUCUGUGGUGCCGUCAGAUCCCGUACACCAUGAUGAAGUUCGCAUGCUUCGAGCGGACCGUUGAGCUGCUGUACAAACAUGUUGUGCCGAAGCCACGCUCUGAAUGCAGCAAGGGAGAGCAACUGGUUGUUACAUUUGCCGCCGGCUACAUUGCCGGAGUAUUCUGCGCCAUCGUUUCCCACCCGGCUGAUGUGGUCGUAUCGAAGCUGAACCAAGCCAAGGGAUCUUCUGCUAUCGAUGUCGCAAAGAAGCUUGGCUUUAUGGGCAUGUGGAACGGUCUGAUGCCACGUAUCAUUAUGAUUGGUACGCUGACCGCUCUCCAGUGGUUCAUUUACGAUGGUGUUAAGGUCGCUCUAUCUAUUCCACGUCCGCCACCACCAGAGAUGCCGGAAUCGCUGAAGAAGAAACUCGGUGUCGAAUAAAGUGCGUAUGUGUGUCACUAGUGCUAAAACAAACAGGAAUAUAGAGAUUAAGUUUUAAUCAAGUGAAAAGCAACAGUGUAGAAGCUAAGCGUGUAUUCUGGUUCCAAAGUGCGACUUUGCAGCUAAAAUAAUAAAACAUCAAACACAUUCGAAUACGAAA